AAAUUGAAGUAAAAAAAAAUGAAAAAUAAAAUAAAAAAACAAACAACCAAACAGGGACAAAGUGAAAGAGAGAUGGAAAAUGCAAAGCCGUCGUCUUCGGCGCCGCCGUACUCUACUGGAGCUGGCGCCGGCGGUAAGGAGCGUAAGCCAUUUAAUUCACGAAAACGCCAGUCCACUCCUUACGACCGUCCGCCACGAGCCUCUCCCAAUAAUAAUAGUAGUAAUAAUAAUGAUAAUAAUAAUAAUAAUAAUAAAUCUAACGAAUUAAAACACGAUGAAGACGGCGGUGGCUGGUUAUCCAAGCUUGUUGUAAAUCCAGCUCGCCGUCUUAUUGUUAGCGGCGCCUCCAGAAUCCUUCCUUCUUUUUUCUCUAGCUCAGAUUCUUAUUGUGAAAAUGAUUCUUAUUCUGAUCACGUCUACUGUACAGGUGAUGAUGCUCAAGAUAUAGAUACAAAUGUAACUGAAAAUACAAAUACAGAUGGUGCUGCUAAACAUAUUUCUGAGAUUGGAGUAUCCACUUGCAGUGGAGAUGCGGGUCCCAGUAAUCAAAUGGAAAAUUUGAAUAGGAGCUUACAACAUAAUGACGUCCAACAAGAUAAAUCAGAGAAUACAAUUGGUGAUCUCGGUGUAGAUCAAAUUGAGAACCUGCUGAAAGGCAAACAGUUCUCUCGGGAUGAAAGCAAACGCCUGAUGGAGAUAUUGAAUUCUAGAUUGGUUGACUCAAGUUCUAAUGCUGAGAGAGAGAAGAAAUCAUCAAGUACGGUUCUUCAGGGGCAAGCACGAGUGGAUGUGUUGGAUCCUGCAGUCCCAUCUAGAUCAACUAUGGGGCACCAAUAUGAUGCUGAGAGGACCGUGUUCGAGACCCCAAUGCCUCGUCUACAGUCGAACAUGCAAGAUGAAAUUGCUGCUUCACCGAUAGAUAUUGCUAGAGCUUAUAUGGGAAGUCGAACAUCAGAGCUGGGCUAUAAUACUUACACUAACAUAUCAGCAGAUGGAAGGGAACAGCAACAUAAUGACUUACCCCCUUUAAGACCGCACUUCCUCAAUCCUUCAUCAAAGUCAUCUACUUGUUGGCCAGGUGCCAUGGUACAAGACCAGCGGGGUUAUAUGACCCCUCAGAGUCAAAGAGGCAGAUAUGGGGUUCAUAGUUUUGCAAGAACCCCGUAUUCUAGACCUAAACCGAAACUGAAUCAAUUGCAAGGUGAUAGCAGGCUUUCUACCAUUUCUCUGGCCCCAUUCCAACUAUCACGUACUCCUAAUUCUUCAAAGGUGAAGACGAGUAGUAAUGUGAUGGAUGGUGGCUAUGGAUCCGUUGGGCCGAUUCGCCGUGUUAGAAACAAGUAUACAUCUGCUCAAAAUACUUCUUCCUCCAGUGUUUCUAGAAGUUUUAUGCCUGUAUUUGAAAGAAAUUCAGCAACUGCCGGAACUAGUGGCACUUCAACUAUCUCUACAACCACCAAACUAGAACAAACACUUGGAGGGGUGAAAAGUUCAUCUGGACCAUCUAAUGAGACGGUUAGAAAAAUAUUGGAGCAACUCGACAGGCACAUACCUACCCCUAAAGAAAAGGAAGCUGAAUUGAAGCUAGCAACCGGAUGGAAAAAAUCGUCUUCGCAAGAUACUGAUUUGAUAUUCAAGGGAAGUUCAUUUUUAGCAACAGGGUCUGAUUUGCAGAAAUUUUCGGCUAUGUCGAUCCCACAAGUAAUCAAUAAAGAUCCAGUGAUUAAUUUAAAUGCGGCUACCAAUACACUUAGCUCAGUUGACGAGGCUGGUGUGCCGUCAUUUAGUAUCAAGAAUAUGGGCGCUGCAAAUGAGAGGUCUACAUUCGCCAAAAGCAAGGGAAAAGAAAUAGGUCAGCCGUGGUCUACAGACAACCAAAUCAACAGCCAAGAUGUCCCUAGGAAGAGAACCUUUCAGCCAAUUUCUCCCAAGCGGCCGGACCCAUGGCAAGUUAUGGCAUCUGAGAACGGCCGUGGAUUUACUUUCCCAUUCGCUGUCAACACCAGCUCUGCAUCAGAGCCACCCACACCAUCCAUUAUGCCAUCCUUUCCGGUAACUGCUGUCCCUCAGUCAAAGGAAUUGCCUGCUAUACCGUUAUAUAGUUUUGGAGCAAAGAAAUCUAGUCAGCGGGUUGUUUUUAGUUUUCCUUCUACAAGUAGUGUUCCUGUUGAUGAUGGUGACUCUGAUCAUAUGUUUAACUUUGGGUCAGAUAAAAAGAGGGUGUCUUUUGCUUCGAUAGGAAAUGAUGCCAUUGUUACCAAUUAGCCUUUCACCUGUAGGGAGUCUAGCAACUGUUGGUUUUCCUUUCCUUUUUGUCGUAUCUGAUUUAAAUGUCUGUAAUGGUAGUUGAAUUUGGUGGCAAUUUACGUCUCAUGGUAAGGCACUAUAGUAGACUCCACAGAUGGGCAAAAGUCCUGAUGUUUUAUGACUGAAAACUGAAAAGAACUACAACCAGUUAUACCAUGUACUAAAUUGCUAAGAUCUUACAAGUGCUGGCCAAGGCCAGCUGCAGGGCUUUCGGCGUUGAUAAUUUUUGGAACA